AUGGAGAGGAGAGGAUUUCUUGUUUCCCUCUUUCUAUUAAAAGUGCUAUUAUACUCUGGAGGAUAUUCGAAGGUGAGCAGUUGCUUGGAUUCGGAGAGAAAAGCUCUGACUACUUUUCGGAAGGCUCUGAACGAUCCCUCCAACCUUCUCUCUUCUUGGGAUGAUGAAGACUCGGACUGCUGCAAAUGGAGAGGAAUUACCUGCCACAACAUAGCUGGGUAUGUCCUUAAACUCGACCUCCGCAGCUUCUCAGGUCCAAGUUUAAGUGCCGGAAUUGAUCCAGCUCUGGUUGAACUGAAGCAUCUUCAGCUCUUGGACUUGAGCUAUAAUGAUUUUAAUGGCGCCCCAUUUCCACAGUUGUUGGGUUCCAUGAAGGAGUUGAGGCAUUUGCAUUUGUCAGAUGCAGGGUUCAGUGGGAGAAUCCCUCAUCAACUUGGAAACCUCUCUAAACUCAUUUCCUUGCAACUUUCUUCAUAUUCUAACAACUACUUGAGUGCCAAAAACCUGUGGUGGUUGACAAGCCUACCUUCUCUCAAGUACCUAGACUUGUCUUAUGUGAACCUUUCCAUGAUUUCUCCAACUCUUGCUUCUAUAAAUUUCACAUCUCUCCGUCUUCUUGAUCUCGCAGCGAACAACUUCAACUCCACGAUUCCAAACUGGAUAGCUAACAUUAGUAGUCUCGUGUCCUUGCAUCUUGCAUCUAACAACUUUCAUGGUAACCAAAUCAGUGGCAAAAUUCCCUCAUCCAUGGAAGGAAUGAAAUCCUUGAUUGUCCUUGAUCUUUCUGGAAACAAUAUAAAUGGCAUCAUUCCAUUGAGAUUGGGUAAUUGUGUAGAGCUUAAGGCAAUUGAUUUGAGCAAGAACAUGUUAUCAAGUGGAAUACCCAAUUCUUUGGGUUUGUUAUGUCAACUCCAAACAAUGCACAUGAGCAACAAUAGCCUAUCAGGAAAACUCCCAUCAUCUUUGAAGAAAUGUACUAGUUUGGAGACUCUCGACCUUGGAUACAACAAUUUCUCUGGUGGUAUUCCCACUUGGAUUAGCAAAAGUUUUCCAGCUUUAAGGUUUCUGAGUUUACGAUCCAAGAUGUUUACAAGCAACAUCCCACCACAAUGA